AUGUCUGCUGGAUACAAGCCGAAGUCGUGGAAGGAGUGGUUGAAGAAGCCCUUGGGGCGGCGUCGUGCAGCCUCGCCGGCUCCGUCUGCCACACUGUCGACGGACAUCCAGCCAUCCGAUCAGGGAAAUGCAGAACACGGAUCGAAAGCGUCUUCCAUUGUUGCGACAGAGUCAUGUGCCCCCCCCUCCCCGUCUGCCGCGGCGGCGAAGGCUGCCCAACCCCGCACAGAUGCGAGAGUUCCCAACGAUCACCAACCACCCGCGGCAUCGCAAGCACUGCCUCCUGCUCUGCCCGCCGAACCCGCACCCAAACCUCCGCCGACCGAAUGUACAGACCCACCGACCCCUACCCUUUCCGUGUCCGAGAGACUGUGGAACGCCGCCUACGACAGUCUUGAGACGGACAAUGCAGAGCUUGUCGUGUCAUACCUGAAAACGUUGGAAACAGUUCUCGGAGCCAACCCAGGUAUUACCCCUGACACCGACAUCUCGGCCGAGUUCCAUGACCCGACCAAACGACAGAUGCAUAUGAGGAGGCUGGUGGAGGAAGGCCGGGCGAAAAUUUCCAGAGCGUCCAAGAUCACGAACGGAGUAGGCGACGUCGCCGAUUUCGUCCUGUCGGUCAAGGGAAUAAUUGACCUGGCUGUCCAAAGCGUGCCGCAGGCUGCGCUUCCGUGGGCCGGUGUUUGCGUUGGACUGCAAGUAAACAGUCGUCCUUCGAACACCCCUUUGUGCUUGGCUCUGCUAAUAUGCCUCCAGAUGCUCCGGAAUCCUGCGCAAGCGAUGAAAUCCAACCUUGCCGGUCUCGCCCAUGUCAUCUCCAGAAUGGACUGGUACUGCGCGCUCACCGAACAUCUCCUGAACAAGAAAAACGUUGCUACUGGCAAGGAUAUCCAAGCAGUCUUGCGCCAGCUGGAAAGGAGCAUUGUCGAGCUCUACAAAGCUCUUCUCCAAUACCAGAUGAAGAGUGUUUGUUCUUACCAUCGCAACCGAAGUCUCGAUUUUUUUCGCGGGAUGCUGAAUUUGGAUGAUUGGGACGGCGAUCUGAAAGGCGUUACAGACGCAGAAGCCAUCGUCCAAAACGACACUGCCCAGUUUUUCCAAGAACAAACGAAAAUUUCCUUAGGAAAACUUGUUGAGCAUGCCGAGGGAAUGGAGAGACGACUCGGCGACAUCCGUCAGGACAUUCGGGACUUCAUCUCGCUGCAGAAGGACGCCCGUAGGGAUGAUAUCGAGUCAGCGUGCCGCAGAGAUCUCCGCGUCGUUGAUCCGCAACACGACAUGGAGCGGAUCGAGAAGAGUAAGGAUGAGCUGCUCGAUGACGCGUACAAAUGGAUCCUUCGCACCCCGGAGUAUACAGCGUUCACAAGCUGGGACGACAGCGGAUCCGAUCGUCCGCCACGUCGAUUGCUCUGGAUAAAAGGACACGCCGGCACGGGAAAGACGAUGCUCAUGAUCGGCCUCAUUCGCCAACUCUCGCAUCAACCUGUUGCCCUAUCACCAGCACUUUCCUUCUUCUUCUGCCAAGGCACAGACACAGCCUUGAACAACGCCACCGCCGUCCUCAGGUCUUUGAUCUGGCUUCUUCUUCUUCAGCAGCCAUGCCUUAUAUCCCAUCUACUCCAGAAGUACAAAGAUUCAAGCGCGGAUCUCUUCCGGGAUAAAAAUGCCUUCAUCGCCCUGUCCGACGCGUUUCGGAAUAUGCUGAAGGAUCCCAAGUUGUUUCCUGUAUACCUCGCGGUCGACGCACUUGAUGAGUGCGCGCAGGGUCGAUCGGACCUCUUCAGCCUCAUUUCGACUUCUCUCAACCUCUCUCAGAAGCUCAAGGAUCCGGGCACCAACUCCCCAGACGCUUCUAAAUCCCUUGUCGAGCUGGACACCCAACGUCUGGAAGAUCCUGUCAACGCAUUCAUUCAUUACAAGCUCAAAACCCUCAAACACAGACAAGGAUACAAUGAGCGGGUCUUGGCUGAGGUCUCCCGUGAAGUCCGCGGACGGGCAAAGAACACUUUCCUCUGGGUGGCUCUCGCGUUCAAAGUUCUCGAAACAGUGCACGGAGGGUACGCUGCCGAAAUCAUCACAGAGAUGCCUCCUGGCUUGUCGGAGUUGUACGAUCAUAUGAUGACCAGGAUUGAGGGAGGCCACAUCAUCAAGCCCCGGGAUUGUAAGACAGUCCUGGUGGUUAUGUCUCUUGCCUUCCGACCACUGUCUAUCCCCGAGCUUUCCGUACUUGCCGACUUGCCAUCGGACGUUGCGGAGACGGCUAUCGAGAUGUGCGGCUCAUUUCUCACAGUCACCAAGGGAACCGUCAAUUUGAUCCACCAGUCGGCUAAAGACUACCUGACGAAGAAUUACAAGUCCAGACUUCAACCAGCUGGGCCCGCUCAAGGGCACAGCGAGAUUGUCAGACGCUCGACUGAUGCGAUGUUCUCAAUGCUAAAACGCAACAUAUACGACCUCGACCCCGGCUUCAAACCGGAGAAUAUGGCGGCCCCUGAUCCAGAUCCGCUAGCUCCAAUACGAUACUCUUGUAUCUUCUGGGCCGACCAUCUCUGCUCCCUGAAUAGCGACAACACCAGGUUUCUAGGAGAAUUGACAGACGACGGGAAGGCGUUUGGAUUCCUGAAGGAAUGCUUCCUCCGCUGGCUUGAGAGCUUGUCUCUUAUAGGGCAACUUUCCAGUGGGCUCUUCUCAAUAAGAAAGAUUCUGCAUGCCGCUCAGACAUACGGCUCCGCGCUCGUAUUCAGCCCAACUUUGAGCGAGAUUAGAAAUCGGUAUUGGAAGGAAAGGUUGCGUUUUAUCGAAACGACCGCUGGCAUUAGAGACCACUGGGGCGCGCACCGGCAGACGCUCGAGGGGCAUAGCCACUGGGUCAGGCCAGUGGCGUUCUCGCCGGACGGCAAAUGUCUCGAGACAGACCGAGGGCUGCUGAGCAUAACCGUAAAUUCCGAAACUCAAAGCAGCUUUGGAGGCCAGAAACCCGCCAGUGGUUUGCUCUUUGUCGGCGACGAUUGGGUCAUAAGAGAUGGGAAGAGCGUUCUUUGGCUUCCCGCCGACUAUCGGGCAACAUGUGUGGCGGUUAGCCGCCGGUUCUCGGCCCCGAUAAUGGGAAACGGGGAUUAUCCAUCUUCCAGCAAAUGCCAGGCCAACACCGGAAGAAAGUCAUCAUGCAGCCGCAAGAUCCCAGACAGUAUUUACAGUAACCGAGCCGUAAAGGCGCUCACACUUGUCAAGCGCCUGUGUCUCCGCCAUGUGCUCGUUAAGGUUCCCAUGUCUCGUCCCACUCCUCCGCAGACCGGGUUGAAGGAAGCGCGGAAGGCAUCAAGGCGGUUCCGAUAG